AACGGACUCCCCGUCGUUGCAGUCCAUCCGAAAUUGACCUGUAAAAAGAAAAGCAGUGCUUCCGGGGGGAGGGGGAGAGGGAAAGCAGAUAUUUGCCGAGAGAUGAAACCCUAGCUUCGGGCUCCUAAAAUUCCAGUCAGAAGUAAAGAGUAUUAGGUGAUUGCCGUUGUGGACGAUGGAUGCGCAAGCGAGGAAAAAGGCCUUGUUUCGUGCUAAAUUGAACGCACAGAAGAAAGACAAACGCAUAGAUUCACCUCUCGUAAGGUACAAUGAACUCGAGCAGCCUGUCUGUAGGGUUUGUGACAUUGUUUUGAAAUCUGAAUCCCUUUGGGAUGCACACCAAGCUUCUCGUAAACAUCAUGAGGCAAUAAAUAGUAUCAAAGCCAGUGCAGCCGGACUAACCCGGGUUAGCAAUGCGAAAUCUGAGCCCCAUAAGGAGUUGUCUAAAGUUAAACCUGAACAGUCUACAGAGUUGCAUAUUGUUAAACCUGAAUGCUCAAUGGAAGUGCCCAAACGUCAGUCAUCAGCUGUGCUUCCUCCAGAUUUUUUUGAUAACAGUGAGGCAAAAAGGCUAAAAACUGGAAAGGAUUCUGUCAAGUCACUGGAGCCUGAUUUAUCCAAAAAGAUGGUGACUUCUGCUCAACCAGAGGAGAUAAAUUUGGCUAUUGAAAUAGAUAAAUUGCCUAGUGCUAAUGUUGCACAGGAUAUAAGUGUGCAGUCUGCUGGGGAGCAUACAACAUCAGUAGAGAUUGCUGGUUUGGAAAUCAAGCAAGUAAAAGGAGCUCUACCUGAAGGCUUCUUUGAUAACAAGGAAGCUGACUUACGUGCACGUGGCAUAAAGUUAGUUAAGCCGGAUAUCAAAGAUGAGUACAAGGAAUUUGAAAAGUUGAUCCAAGAAGACUUGCAGGAGGUGGAUGACCGUUUUGAAGAAGAGGAGAUUGAUGCUGCUGAAAUGAUAGAAGAGGCCGAAUCUGUUGAGCAGAAGGCCUAUAGAGAGAAAGUUGAAAUGCUGAGGAAGAAGAAAUUGGAACUGCAGGUUGCUAGGUCUUCCAAACAUGGUAAAGCUUCUGAGGUUGUUGGCAAGGAAUCCAACCAUGAUGAAUCAUCCAGUGAUGAUGACAGUGAUGAGAAUUUUGCAGUUGAUUGGAGAGCUCAACACUUGUGAACAUUUUUUCCAUGUCGCCGAACAUAAAACUUUAUUUUUUAAUUCAUUUUAGCGCCUUUCAUAGAGGAGUCAAAACUAUAAAUUAUUGUAAAUAUUCCUUUGAAAAGGUGUAAUUUAUUGUUUGAAAUUUUCCGCUGAA